UCUGGCUGAACGUGACGUGCCGGAGAGCAGCGAGGUUUCCUGGCGGAGCUGCGGAGGGAGCAGGAGCGGGUCUGCUGUCUGUCUGUCCGUGUGUCUGUCUGCCUGCCACCGCAGUCUCUCGUCUGUCUGUGGGACACACACGCACACAAAAAAACCCCUCCUAUUUCUUCAGCUUUCCACGGUGUCAGCGGCUAUGGAUGCAUCGCUGUCCUCCUCCUGUUCUCCCCGCUGUUGGAUGCUCCAGUGCCCAUAGAGGAGGAGGAGGGGGAGGAAGAGGCGGAGGAGGGGGGGCAUCCUUGUCAUUCUUCGACUACCAGGCUGACUCACCGCAGGAGCGCCUGAACACAGAAGAAGAAGAAAAGCAAAAAGGAGAAGUUUAAGAGAACAAGGGAGAAACAGAGUUAGAGAGGCAAAAGGGAGGGAGAGAAAUAGGGGAGAAAAAAAAACGAUAAAGAAGAGCUGAGGGAUACUAAGAGGGAGGAAGAAACCUGAAGAAAAAACAAGAGGAAGUUGGGUUGGCGGGGCGAGAGGAGGAAAGAGAAAGUGAUUUUGGGGAAAAUAAAGAGUGAAAUACACUGUUCAGAUCUGUGGGAGACCAGUCAGCAGAUCUGAGGUCAGGUGAGAGAGGGCGCAGGUAGAUUGGAGGUCGGAGGUCAAGCGGCGGUCAGACUGAAGGCUGACUGAGCUUCAGCUGUCCCGCCACCCCCCCACCCCCACCCCCCCUACAGCCCUCCCUUCACCGUCAGCACACUGGGAGAAGUGGGAGGACUGGUGACGAGGAGAAGCCACCAUGAGCGACCUGAACGUCGUCAAGGAAGGCUGGGUCCAGAAAAGAGGCGAGUACAUCAAGAACUGGCGACCGCGUUACUUCCUGCUGAAGUCAGACGGAUCUUUCAUCGGCUACAAGGACAAACCGCAGGACUCUGACCUGGCAUACCCCCUCAACAACUUCUCUGUAGCAAAAUGCCAGCUGAUGAAGACGGAGCGACCCAAGCCCAACACCUUCAUCAUCCGCUGCCUGCAGUGGACCACGGUCAUCGAGAGGACUUUCCACGUCGACACUCCUGAUGAGAGGGACGAGUGGGCCGAGGCCAUCCAGAUGGUUGCAGAGUCUCUGGCCAAGCAGGAGGAGGAGGGCAUCCUGUGCAGCCCCACCUCGGCCAUCGAGAACGUCAACGAGGAGGAGAUGGACACCUCCAUCGGACACUACAAACGGAAGACAAUGAAUGACUUUGACUAUCUGAAGCUUCUGGGCAAAGGCACUUUUGGGAAAGUCAUUCUGGUGAGGGAGAAGGCGAGCGGCACCUACUACGCCAUGAAGAUCCUCAAGAAGGAAGUCAUCAUAGCAAAGGAUGAAGUUGCUCACACACUCACAGAAAGUAGGGUAUUAAAAAACACUCGGCAUCCAUUCCUAACUUCUCUGAAGUACUCGUUCCAGACGAAGGAUCGGCUGUGCUUUGUAAUGGAGUACGUCAACGGAGGAGAGCUGUUUUUCCAUUUGUCAAGAGAAAGAGUUUUCUCGGAGGACCGCACCCGUUUCUACGGCGCUGAGAUCGUCUCCGCUCUAGAUUACCUUCAUUCUGCAAAGAUCGUCUAUCGGGAUCUGAAGCUGGAAAACCUCAUGUUGGACAAAGACGGCCACAUCAAGAUCACAGACUUCGGCCUGUGCAAAGAAGGCAUCACCGACACUGCCACCAUGAAGACCUUCUGCGGGACUCCAGAGUACCUGGCUCCUGAGGUGCUGGAGGACAACGACUACGGCCGGGCGGUGGACUGGUGGGGUUUGGGCGUGGUGACGUACGAGAUGAUGUGCGGCCGCCUGCCGUUCUACAACCAGGACCACGAGAAGCUGUUCGAGCUCAUCCUCAUGGAGGAGAUCAAGUUCCCCCGGACGCUGUCGGCCGACGCCAAGUCGCUGCUGUCAGGGCUGCUCAUCAAGGACCCCAACAAACGGCUGGGCGGCGGGCCGGAUGACGCUAAGGAGAUCAUGCGACACAGUUACUUCAAUGCAGUCGACUGGCAGGACGUCUACGACAAGAAGCUGGUCCCACCUUUCCAGCCGCAGGUCAGCUCAGAGACGGACACACGCUACUUCGACGAGGAGUUCACAGCACAGACCAUCACCAUCACCCCGCCGGAGAAAUACGACGAGGACGGGAUGGACGCAGCGGACAACGAGCGGAGGCCUCAUUUCCCACAGUUCUCGUACUCAGCCAGCGGGCGGGAGUGAGCCGGCCGGUGUCGUCCCCAUUCGUGGCCAUUUUUGAGGAAAACACGUAGCCAUUUUAGGAAAAAAAAAAUACCAGUCUCCCCUCUUUUUCUCCUGCUCUGCCUCCUCACAGACGGGGAGAAGUCUUUUUAGGGACUUUAAAAAGAGGUUUUUGCACAGUGGGAUAGACUCCAGCCGGUCUCCCCACACUAAAAAAAUAAGUCUCCUACAUUUUCAGCGCUAUUUACUGCAGAAGGCAAUGUUUUUGUUAUUUAUUUUUUCUCUCCGUCAGUAUUCAGUUGUCGACCCGGGUCAUCUUUCUUUUUUUCUGCCCUUUUUUUUCUUCAAAUCUUCUUUUGACUUUUUUGCACUUGGUUUGGAAGAGCCGUUUUAGGGAACAAAAAACCAAAAAUGUUGCCUUACGUGUGCAGAUGUUUCGUAUCAUACCGACAGGGUGUUUUGUUUUGUUUUUCGGGGAGAGGGCGGGCGGGUUUUUCCGGGGGUUAUGAGAGGGGAGGGGAGGGGUGGGGGUUAUUCUUAGUUGAGAAUAAGUGCAUGGCUCGUGGUUCACUCAAAAAAAAUGACAAAAAAAUAUUUUCUUUCUCAUGCAUUUGCCAUGGCAGCGCACAUUCCCCCAAUCCCAUGGCAAUGAAAUCACUGUCUGCAGAUAAACUUAAAAAAAACAAAAGAAGGACGAGGACGGACGACUCUGUAUCAUCCUCUCAUCGUUGCAGUGUUACUACUUUCGUAUUUUUUCAGCCCCAUGUGAGUUUUUGUUUUCUUGCGCUUUUACUUCCAAGUGUGUUCUUUUAUUUUGAAAACAGGAAACACUAAACUGCCAGAAACUGCACAGUUCACUCAGGCGCCACAGAGCACAACCGCGUUCAAACUCAGCUAACCGCUCCAGCUUUCCACAGCCGGCAGGGGAACGAGGCCUUCUCUGCUUUCUCACCGCUUCUCCUCCUCCUCCUCCUCCUCCUCCUCCUCUUCUUCACCUCCGCUCUUUGUUUCCUCAUCGUAGCUGUAGGACUAGUGGAAUGGGUGUUUACACAGGGAAAUGUGGCUUAAUGUAUGUAUGUAAUGUAUGUAUGUUGGACAUGGGGGUCAACUUUAUGCUGUCAUAGCAAACACACACACACACACACACAGACACACACACACACACGUAUUUACACUCAGACACAGGAAACAGCUGUGACUGAAGUCGACAGUUUACUCCAAACAAAAGCAUAUUUGGUGUUUUCAUAUCAGACUACGCAAUGCAGCUAAAGGCGUGUCUUUCAGAAUCAGCUGGAGUUUGUGAGGUGCUGCAAGACGACGCUUUCUGGAGCUUUCUGAAAAUGUAAUGAUGCACAGUAGCCAGGGUUCCAUGCAAAUGCAUUUUGCUGAAUUUUAUAGAAAAUCUGCUGUAGAAAAUACAGGAGUGCCCGUCCCCAGACUCUACCGUUAUGCGAUUAUAUGAUGAGUUUGGUUCAUAGAGAUGAGCAGCAGGUGGUGCCAGUUCCUCAUGCAGAAAACCAUUACAGCAUUGUGGAAGAAAAGGAUGCAACGAGAUGAUUUAAACAGCAGUCAGUGACUAUUAGCAUUUCCUGUGACGACUCCAACAGAAAACUAGUUUUGCCAGUUUAAUGCUUUUAUUGUGAAGCUGCAGCGGUAGGAAAUGUUCAGCUUGCAUCAGACGUUACUCUCUGGGGGAUGUUGCCACAGACACCCAGUUUGUUGUCUUACAAAUGUAGAAAUACUGCAAUACUUUAAUCAGCAUUUUAAUACCUGCACAGACAUUUAAUUAAAGGAAAAUGUUUGCGUUUACGACUUAAGGGUGCUUCAGUUAAAUGUUAGCGCAGACUAAAGUCACAUCCAGCUUCAUGUAGACUACAUCUAAUGGUAGUUUAGAAAUACACCCAGGCAGAAUUAGCACAAACCUAGAGAGUCCUGCCCUGUAGUGGUUCGAGAGCAAAUUAAAAAACCCUCAACUGAAGACUGGUGAUAACUAAGUCAGACCCUCAAAUAUGGAGAUCUCUGUUGUAUAUCAUAUUAAAGUGGAUCUAUGGCUGUUGGACUGACUGGAUAAGACAUCAUGUUGGGUUUUGAGGCUCUGGGAUGGACAGUUUUCACUAUUUUCUAACGUUUUAGAAAACAAACGAUCAAUCUACACGACAAUUAGCCAAUCAAUCCAUAAUCCAGAUAGCUGAAUGUGACAUUCUGGUUUAGUAUUGACAAUUCUCCCAGGAGGAAAAUAAAAACAGGUCAAAAUGAAUUUGUUUUGGAGGAAACUGUCCACUGAAUAUAAUCUGCUGCUCUCGGUACACACUCUUCAGGGUUCCUACACACAUCCAGAAAGGUUCACUUCAGUGGGAGAGGUUUAAUGGGAGGGAUUUCCGGGUCUUUAAAAGCUGUUUGCAAAUGCUGAAGAUGAUCGGAGAAUAUGGUGUUCUUGGCGUCCAGGUGUACAAGUGAUGAGACGCAUGACUGUGAAACAUAUCGAACAGUGAGGGAAGCUCUAUAGAUCUUUUUGUGUGUGUGUGUGUGUGUGUGUGUGUGUGUGUGUGUGUGUGUGUGUGUGUGUGUGUGUGUGUGUGUGUGUGUGUGUGUGUGUGUGUGUGUGUGUGUGUGUGUGUGUGUGUGUGUGUGUGUGUGUGUGAGAGAGAGAAGAAUUUGGAUCUUUAUUGGGAGUGUGUAGGAACCCUGACCACACACACUCACAUUCCAUCCAUACUCACACACUGAUAACAAAGAGACUGUUUUUAGACGAUAGAUCAGAGUGAAGAAAAUGUAAUUUAUCACACGGACACUAACAGAAACGUGGCUUCCAGAUGCAGGCCUUGUGUCCUGUCAGUAUUAUGAGAAACAUUUAUACACACACACACGUUUUUAAACCUAUAAUGGUAUCAAUAAAUCACUCAUCAUGUCACGAGAAAAUCUGAGCCGUGAGACACUCCUGUAAGAAGACUGUGAGGACUGCCGGAGAAAAGGUCACCCCGAAACUCCUUGAUGUAAAUAUGCAAUGCCUUUUUCUUUUUCUGGUUUUGGGUCUAUCGUGGCAUCUUGACAGACAUUCAACAUGUGUUUCUGUGUGACUGUACUUCAAGCUUGCUGAUGAGAAUAGUGACUGAAAAAACAACAACAACCACGACUCUGCAUUUAAGAGAAAAAAGGAGGAGAAAACUGAAGGACAGUGUGGAAGACUCGGACCCUUCUGCUGAUUUAUCUUUUUCUUUGUGUGGGUCGGUGAUACUCGUUAUGGGACGAUGUUUCCCAGCCCGUUGACUCCUGACUUCCUGUGAGAGGACGGGACUGUAACUGUGGAGUCUGCACUGUCAUGUCUGUCCCCUGCACCCUCUUUAAAAACUCAAAAAAAUACUAAAAAGUGGGACCAUGGAUUACAUUUUUUCUUUUUUGUUGCAGUGCUGGUUUCAUCAGGUUGUUCCAAUCCCCUCAUCCCUCCCCCUCCCAGGCCCCUCUUUUUUGUACCAUAGUAUUUGUUUUAUUUAUGUUUGUCAUUCUAGGCAGUGUUACCUUGUAUGUCGUUAAAAAAGGCACCUCUUGAAAGUCGCUGAAGGAUGAUGAUGAUGAUGAUGAUGAUGGAUGCAUUAACUGAAGUCUUUUUUUCUUUUUUUUUUGGAUCGUUUGCUUGUUUGUUUUCUUACCAAAACAUUAGGGCAAGAACCCAGUAGUGGACUUGCGUUGCCGUGGUAGUAUUUAUUUUGAAUUAAAUUAAAAAGAAAUACAUUUCAGGG